AUGAAACAUUUAUUAAUGAAAUCAAUAUCGGCAUCAAAUUCCUAUCAUUUAAUUAUCAAACAAAAUGGUAUAAAUAAAACCAGAUUAUUUUGGAAUAAAUUUCAUAAUGAAUAUUUAAAAUUAUUCACUGAAACAAUUAGAUUUAAUCCAACAUUAAGUUUUUUAUUGUUUAUAUUGGAUAUUAUAUCGAAAGGUGCAAUUAUUGUGGCAAUUUUAUUUUAUAGUCGACAAACACAUUUAAAUUUAUUCAGUACAACAUCAAUAAUGAUAAUGUUAAUGACAUUUUUUUAUCCAAUUAUUCUUUAUUCACGUGUUUCACGUUUACCAACAUGUAAUCAAUUAUGUACAAAAUAUUUAUUAAAUUGGUUAGCACGAACACAAUGGUUAAUAUUGAAACAAAAUGAUAGAAAAAUUUUGAUUAAUAAAAAAUCAUAUCAAAAAAUUUCCCGUUAUUCAUUUAAAUCAAAUUUAUUCAUACAAAUAAUGAAUAAUAAUCGUUUUGGUUUUACAUGUGGUCAUUUAUUUUUUAUAACUAAAUUUAAAUAUAUACAAUUAUUAUUAUUAAAUAUUAAUUUAAUUAUAAAAUUUUAU